CAAUAUUGAUAAUUCACUGCUGAAAACCAAAGCCUUUAUACGAUCAAAAACAACUCCAAAAUGUCCCCCAAAGCCGCCAUUGAUUUUCACCAUCAUAUACAACAAAACUCACCAUGGGAAACUACCUUUUCUUCUUCUUCUUCUUCAUCAUCCCCCUUUUCUCCAGCACUUCUGCCAUUGAUUCAAACGAUUCUUCAUGCCCCAUCGAUCUAAGUUACGUCGAAACCUUCCCAUGGAACCAAACCACAUGUCUCGACCCUCAAGGCAACCAGUGCUGCCAAACGCUCAUCAGUCUCUUCGGCAUGGGGAUGGCCCAAUAUCUUAAAGAGACCUCCGUUUUUCAGCUGCCGAAUCCCACGGUUGCUUCUUCUUGUCUCUCUGGUUUUCAGACCCAGGUUGCGGCCAGGUCCGUCCAUCCAUCUCUGGUCACUUCUUGCUUUAAGAACUCCACCCAAUUCGUCAGCAAUGUAUCAAACUGCGCUGGGAUUAUAACAGUCCAAGACUGGGUUCAAAAAGUUGGUCCAGUCACUGCAUUAGAUACUGCUUGUAAAGGUGAUGUGACUGGUUUGAAUUGCAGACCCUGUAUUGAAGCUGGUUACAAUGUUUUCUCAAAGUUAUUUAGUCUUGAUCCAAAUUCCACUAAGUGUUUUGAUUUCACUGUUUUAUAUGCCAUUGGUGUAAUCAAUGAAUUUGGUCCAAAAGAUCCAGGGGCAGCUGGUUGCAUACUUGGCUUGCCAUUGGAUAGCUCUGUUAAUGAGAAAUCAAAGAGGAAAUUAAGCAAUGAAACCGUGUUAAAAUUGGUAUUUGGUUUCUUGGGUGCUUUUGUUGGUGUUUUGGUUGCUUUUGCACUGAUAAUUUUGUAUAGGAAAUGGGAUAAGAAGAACAAGAGAAAUGCUCCACAUAGAAGAUUUGUGAGCAGUUUCAGGGCGAGUGUGUUGCCGAAUUCCGGUGCCAAAUGGUUUCAUUUAUCAGAGCUCGAACGAGCCACCGAUGGAUUUUCUCAGAGGAAUUUGAUAGGCCGAGGUGCAUAUGGAGUUGUAUACAAAGGAACACUUGCAGAUGGUACUUUGGUUGCUGUGAAACAGAUCCUUGAUUUGGAUUUGGAAGGCGACGAAGAUUUCUCGAAUGAAGUCGAGAUCAUAAGCAAAAUCAGACACCGGAACCUUCUUUCGCUCCGAGGUUGUUGUGUUACGAGUGACAUAAUGAAAGGCAGAAGAAGAUAUCUGGUCUAUGAUUUCAUGUCAAAUGGCAGCCUUGGUGACCAUCUAUUCAAUGAAUUCACUAGGCAAAAACUGAGUUGGCCUCAACGGAAGAACAUAAUUCUUGAUGUAGCCCAGGGUCUAGCUUACUUACACUAUGGAAUCAAACCAUCGAUUUAUCAUCGAGACAUAAAAGCCACCAACAUACUAUUAGACUCGGAAAUGAAAGCGAAGGUUGCAGAUUUCGGAUUGGCAAAGCAGAGUUUGGAAGGGCAGUCUCAUCUUACCACCAGAGUUGCAGGCACACAUGGUUAUUUAGCACCUGAAUAUGCACUCUACGGACAAUUAACAGAGAAAAGUGAUGUUUACAGCUUUGGAAUUGUGAUCCUUGAGAUCAUGAGUGGAAGAAAAGUGAUUGAAACAUCAAAUUCAUCCUAUCUAAUGAUCACAGAUUGGGCGUGGAAGCUUGCGAAAUCAGGCAACGUGCAGGAAAUUUUCGAUGAAUCGAUAAGAGAGGAAGGACCGAAAGGUGUGAUGGAAAGGUUUGUUCGAGUUGGGAUUCUCUGUGCACAUGUAAUGGUAGCUUUCAGGCCAAAAAUUGCAGAGGCUCUCAAGAUGUUAGAAGGUGAUAUUGACAUUCCCAAGUUACCAGAUAGGCCAUUGCCACUCAGUCAUGAGUCCUUCAAAUCAUCCUUGGGAAGAAUUGCAUCAACAAGUAAUGCAUCAAAAUAUAACUCAAAUAUGUCUCUAGUAUAGAUUGAUUCUAUUCUUGGGGCUAGGCUUAGGAAAAAAACCCAAAAAUUGAUUCAUUCAGGGUUAAAUUUAGACCCUAGUUAGUUCAUGUAGUUAUUCUUCAAAAAGUAAAGUAAUAUAGUUUCCUUCUGCAGAAAAAGGAUAUGGUAACUAGUCAAAUUGAUUAACUAAUAGUGUGAACAACAUUUUUUGCUGCUAUACAUUGUAUUGUUCAUAAAUUUCCAAUCAAACAAGUCACUUGUGAUUCUUCAA